AUGCGCCUGGGACAUGUGACCGGUGAUCCAUUGAACGACAAGUGUACCCCGUCUAUGUUGCAAAAAACGUACAUGGAUCCAUCACCUGUUGUGGAAGAUCAACCAGGCACAUCGGAUCUGGAUCUUACCUGGGACUCAGAUCAAGACUAUGAUGAAUGCGUGUAUUACCAUGAAGGAAGCGAUCUAUACGCCGAGGAUAUCAUGAAGGAAGCGAUCUAUACGCCGAAGAUGUCGAUGAUGGCGGUGCUGCCCGAAGUACCUGUGGCGACGGAAGAUGUGAGGAUCGAAGAUAUUCAACUAUGCAGAUCUGAUAAUCAGACUCCAGAAGAAAUCGAGCGACUCCGCCAAAAGAUCUGGAAGUUCCGACAUCUCUUGAUCGGUAAGGGAAAUGCCCUUCCGCCGGCAGCUAGAAGUGUG